CGAUGAGAAAAAAAAAUCGACUUUGCUAUGACAAUAUAUGUGUCAUUUAAUUUUUUAAUGACAACUAAUUUCUGUUGUUCAACUAUCAUUUUAUGUGCAAUUUUUUGCAUUUUAUCUCUCAUUAUUCAUUAAAUAUUUAUAUAAUUUUUAUAUAAUAUUUUUUCUGUUCGAGAAUGGCAAAAAAAAAUAAGGAAGAUAUAUCUAAAAUAUUAAGAACUUGUGACAAAUUGAAGUCCAAAGAAGUAACUCCUUUACUAGAGACAAUCAUGAAAACUUAUUUGACAGAUGACCUGAUGGAUGCUUUCAAAAUCAAGCAGAAAAAACGGAAAUAUUUGAAAGUAUUGUUAGCCAAUCAAGCAAAAGAAGCUGGAGAGAAAGAUUCCAAAGUAUCAAUACCUCGCCCUGGACCUACUAUCCCAGUUUUGAAUAUAGCUCAUGAAAUAAUGAGGAGAAAUGCUGCAAGGUGUCCCAUUUCAACAAUGAGCAGAUUUUUCGAACAAGAUGUCAGGACUAUGAUUAAAGGCAAAAAUCUUGAGAAAAAAUACCCAAAAAUCAUUGAUUCUAUUAUAUUAGAAAUUCGUGAGAUAUUUAUCACAAUGACCCACGAUGCUGGUGUGAAUAUGAAAGUGAAACCACCAGAUGGUAUCAUAACUAGAUUUCGUCCAUCUCCUUAUAAAUAUAUGGGAAAAACUGAACGUUAUCAUAUAUUCUUAAAACGGAGAGAGGAACUAAAGUCAAAAUGGGUAUUAUACUACACACUGAUUAAAAAAGUUCAUUAUGUAUGUAUUGAACGAUUACCUGAAAUGAUUUUGGAUAUUGGUGUUUUUCACUAUCCUGAAGUUUUAGAACUAUCGGAUUUAGCUUCAAAGUUUAAAGAACUUGUGGUAUGCUUCAGUAAGAUUUUGGAUCACUUACAAAAUAAAAUAAUAUUGUUAAUUGAGAAUGAUAAAACCAAAAUUCAAAGAACUCACGUUAAACAUUUCUAUGGAGCUAUUACCACUCUGCAAUCUAUUCACGUGUCUAACUGUAUUAGUCGUAUACUAGAACAUGUCGUUGAUGUAUCUGGAUGUGGAAGAAAAGUACCAUUUCUCAAGUUGACAAUUCAUUUUCAAGGUGGACUGUUGUUGAAGCCUUCCUCUUGGGAAACAAGUUUUAUAUAUAGGGACUUUAUGCUACAACUGAUAGAAGUUGGCAAAAAUUUUCGAACUAUAGAAAAAAGAAGUCAGCAAAUAGUGGAAAAAAUUAUACAUCUCAACAUCACAGAAGAUUAUUUUGAAGAUGUAACUGCGCGAAUGAAAACAAACAUUGAAAAUCUUUACAAACCUGUAAUGAAUUAUAUUACCGAACUGGACACUCAGUUCUCAAAAAUUUAUAGGGAUAUUAACAAAGGAGACAUGGUUUCUCAGCAAACAGAGAUGACUUUUGAAAGUGGCUGUGAUUUAAUUCAACAUUAUGAUAACUAUUUCCAGAAAGCCACCAACAUACAGUGUGAAGAACAUUUUUCUAUAGGGCAGUUAGUUGUAUCAGAAUAUGUCAAAACACUUAGGGAAUCUUUAUUAGGAGUAAUGGAAGACAUAUUCGUUCAAUUAUGCGGUAUUCAUCAACUGGAGAAUGAAGACAUAAUUGAAGAAUUCAAUGAAGUCACAAGAAGAGCAUUGGAAAGACCUACCACUACAGAAGAACUGAUACAACAAGGAAAAUACAUGAUUGAAGUCAAAACAGUAAUAUUGACAAAUUUAAGAGAAAGAAUUCAGAAACUAUUAACUGGACUGGCUAAAAUAAUAGAUUAUGGUGUUUUGUCAAAAGAACAUAAGGCAUUGAACGCUAGAACUAUAAAAUGGUUAGAAGAUAUUGAACUUGUAUUAGAACAAAAUUCAGCUAUGUAUGAGGGCAUCAAGUAUGAAGCAGAAGAAAAAGUUCAUAAAAGCAUAGCUGAAAUCAAACGAAGAAAUCAGGAUCUCAUACCAAGACUUAAAAUUUUCAACAAAAUGGAUGAUAUCCAAAAUUCUAGAGAGUAUAUUAUGGAAAUGGCGCCAAUCAUGGAAGAAUUGAGAGACAUAAAAUUACAGGUCGAGUGGACAAAUAGAGAGGAAGCUUGCUUAGGAUUUGCAUUAUCUGAAUAUCCUGAGUAUGGUGCACUCACAGCAUUCAUUUAUCCCUUUUACCACCUAGUCAAAACGUGCCUGAUUUUGAAACGUAAAAUAAUUGCAUGGUUAGACGGACAAUUCGAAUUUCUUAAUUUUGAGGAAACGGAAAUGUUCAUUGAAGAUAAUAAUAAGGAAUUUCUGAAAGGAUUUAAGCUUUAUAAGAGCAAAAUCAGACAAGCUCAACAAGAAAAAUCACCUUUAACAUUCAAAGGAAUCUCUGAAGAUGUUGAUUCAAACAAUUGGCCUUCGCCCUUGAAACUGUGUAGCCAGGCAGUGCAAAUGAUAAAAGAAUUCAGACCUGCUAUGACUAUGAUGCGAAUAAUGUGUAAUGAUGCUCUAUUGAAACGUCACUGGAAAGAUAUGUCAGAGAUAGCUGGAUUCGAUUUAACACCACAUGCAGGCACUUCUUUGAGAAAAAUGCUACAUAUGGGACUUGAACCAGAUAUAGAACAAUAUGAUGUAAUAAGUAAUGGUGCAACAAAAGAAAGGGAACUACUCAACACUCUGACAAAGAUGAAGGCAGAAUGGCAAGAGAUUAAAUUCAAAGUUGGGCAAUACAAAGAAACGAAAUUGCCUAUUCUGACUGCAUUGGAUGACAUACAAGUUGUUUUAGAUGACCAUAUCAUAAAAGCUCUAACAAUGAGAGGAUCGGUAUUUGUUAAACCAUAUGAAACGGAGGUUAAAGAAUUUUAUGCCAAGCUUGUGAGGGUUAACAGUACCAUAGAAGAAUGGGGAAAAGUUCAAUCUCAGUGGUUGUAUUUAUUACCAAUAUUCUCAUCAAAAGACAUAGUGGCUCAGAUGCCAGAGGAAGGAUUGCUUUUUAGAGAAGUCAACGAUACCUUCAAAAAAUACAUGGAAGCAGUGGUAGCUGAACCCAGGGUUAUAGAAACUGCAGGAUCAGUGGGUGUCCUCGAAGCGAUGCAACAUUGCCUGGAACUACUCGAACAAAUUAAUGAAGGUGUCACUAACUAUUUGGAAAGAAAGAGAUUAUUCUUCCCGAGAUUCUUCUUUUUGUCCAAUGACGAGAUGCUUGAAAUUCUGUCGGAAACUAAAGAUCCUCUAAGAGUACAACCGCACUUGAAAAAAUGCUUUGAAGCUAUUAAUAGUCUGCAAUUUGAUGAAGUGCUUGCAAUUCAUGAAAUGAUUAGUCAGGAAGGUGAAAGGGUGAAGUUCAAGAAUAUUGUGAGCACCAAAGAAGCCGGAGGAAGUGUGGAAAAGUGGCUUAUAUUGGUAGAAGAUCAAAUGAUAAUUUCUAUAAGGGAUCAAAUCGUUAAGAGCAACAGGCAUUACAGUAUGGUUCCAAGAACCCAGUGGAUAACCAAAUGGCAGGGUCAAAUUGUCCUUUGCGUGUCCCAAAUGCAGUGGACGGCAGAUGUGCAUAAGUCCUUGAACCAUCAUGAGGGUUACACGAUUCCAGAUUAUACAGAAAGUCAAGGAGAACAACUGAGAGAAACUGUAGCUCUCAUUCGAGAUCCAAAGCUUUCAAAUUUGAACCGUAUAACCAUAAAAGCUUUGAUUGUAAUCGAUGUACAUGCCAAAGAUGUUGUGGAAGAGCUUAACCGAAAAGGUGUUAGUAGCGAUAAGGAGUUCAAAUGGUUGUCACAGUUGAGGUACUAUCUGGAAGAUGAUGAAUCGUUGGUGAGAUUGGUGAAUGCUACUGUGAAAUACGCAUAUGAAUAUUUGGGUAACUCUGACCGUUUGGUGAUAACCCCUUUAACAGACAGAUGCUACAGAACACUAAUUGGUGCAUAUCAUUUACAUCUGAAUGGUGCUCCGGAAGGUCCAGCUGGAACUGGUAAAACUGAAACAACUAAAGAUUUGGCCAAAGCUUUGGCCGUUCAGUGUGUUGUUUUCAAUUGUUCAGAUGGUUUGGAUUACAAAGCAAUGGGUAAAUUUUUCAAAGGAUUAGCUUCCUGUGGUGCAUGGGUUUGCUUCGACGAAUUUAAUAGGAUUGAUAUUGAGGUAUUGUCUGUAGUAGCUCAGCAGAUAUUAUCGAUAGUUUUGGCUGUGAGGGCUAAAGCGAAAACAUUCCUUUUUGAAGGAACUGAGUUGAGGCUGAACCCCACUUGUUAUGUGUGCAUAACAAUGAAUCCUGGAUACGCAGGAAGAUCGGAGCUACCAGAUAACCUCAAAGUUCUGUUUAGAACAGUAGCUAUGAUGGUACCUGAUUAUGCUAUGAUAGGAGAAAUUUCACUAUAUUCAUUCGGCUUCAUUGAUGCCAGAAAUUUGUCAGUCAAAAUUGUAACCACUUAUAGACUUUGUUCGGAACAAUUAUCCUCACAAAAUCACUAUGAUUAUGGAAUGAGAGCUGUCAAAUCUGUAUUAUCAGCUGCCGGAAAUAACAAAAGAGCGUUUCCCAACGAAAACGAAAGUAUUUUGUUGCUUAGAGCCAUUUUGGACGUUAAUCUUCCGAAGUUUUUGAGCCACGAUUUACCCUUAUUCUCAGGUAUUAUAUCAGAUUUGUUCCCUGGUAUAAUUUUGCCGCAAGCAGAUUACAAACUGUUCACAAGGACUAUGGCUGCAUGUUGCAAGGAGAAAAAUCUUCAACCUAAAGACACAUUCAUCGUAAAAGUUAUACAAACAUAUGAGAUGAUGAUAGUUCGACAUGGAUUCAUGAUAGUUGGUCUACCUUUUGCCGGAAAAACUUCAACUUUGAAAAUUUUAGCUGAUACUCUAACAGCUCUCAAUUUGAAAGGCCAGAAAGAAGAAAAGGUACAGUACAAAUUCCUCAAUCCAAAGGCAAUAACCAUGGGUCAAUUGUACGGGGAGUUCGAUCCAAUAUCUUACGAAUGGUUCGAUGGAGUAGUGUCGAAUACCUACAGAGAUUUUACAGUUGACCCCGUGCCAGAUAGAAAAUGGAUCAUAUUCGACGGACCAGUAGAUGCAGUGUGGAUUGAAAAUAUGAACAGUGCUCUAGAUGAUAACAAAAAACUUUGUCUAAUGUCUGGCGAAGUGAUGGCGAUGACAUCGUCCAUGUCUUUGAUUUUCGAAGUCAUGGAUUUGGAACAAGCUUCGCCAGCUACAGUAUCUCGAUGCGGAAUGAUAUAUAUGGAACCUCAAUCACUAGGAUGGAGGCCAAUCUUGGACUCUUGGAUGCCUCACCAGAACCCAGAAUGGUGUAGUCCAGAUAAACGAAGUUUUAUAGUCAGUAUGUUCGAAUGGUUCGUACCACCAUGUCUUAACUACGUGAGAAAAAAAUGCACGAUGUUCUGUAAUCCUGGCGACAUUUGCCUAGUGAAAAACACGAUAAAUCUAGUGCAGAUGUAUUUAGAUGACGCAUGCGAAAAAAGCACUAAGAAAGAAGAAGACUUCAAGUAUUUGAGACAAUGGACGGAAGCUACUAUGAUAAUGUCCAUCACAUGGGGAAUAGGUGGAAUCUUAGAUGCUGAUUCUAGAGAAAAAUUUGACGAAUUCCUGAAAAAACUUUUCGCGAAUCAAGAUCCCAAUUACCCUUUACCAGAAUCAAUAGGUCAAAUAGAAGUUGUGAUACCUCAAGAAAAUAUUUUGACUGAGUAUGCUUUUAUAUAUAAGACAAAGGGAUCUUGGAAAUAUUAUCCGGAAUCGGUUAAGUAUAAGAGAGUAGAAGAUGCUAGUAAUUUACAACAAGUGCUAAUACCCACAAUAGACACUUCAAGAUAUAUGAGCCUCAUGAAGAUGCAUAUAAAAAACAAACAACCCUUUCUUUUAGUUGGACCUACAGGUACAGGAAAAAGUUUUUACAUUCAAGAUUUGAUACUGAAUAAAAUAGAAAAAGAAUCUUACGAACCGGGAUUCAUAACGUUCACAGUACAGAUAACCUGUAACCAAACUCAGAACUUGCUCAUUUCGAAAUUGAAUAAGCGCCGAAGAGGUAUAUAUGGGCCACCUAAAGGAAAACUGUCUGUGUUAUUCAUAGACGACCUCAACAUGCCUCAGAAAGAAAUUUACGGUGCUCAACCACCCAUAGAACUACUCCGGCAAUUUUUUGACCACAAGAACUGGUUCGAUCUGAAGACCACUGAGCCCCUCUACAUGGUCGAUGUUAUGUUCUGUGCGGCUAUGGGUUUGGUCGGAGGCAGCAGACAAGAUAUUUAUGCCCGAUUCCUUAGACAUUUCAGUAUUAUGUCGAUCAAUGAGUUUAGUCAAGAAAGUAUGGCGAAAAUUUAUAUCAAUAUCUUGCACGUCGGUUGGAAAAAUAACGGCUUUCCAAGCGACAGCAUCAACAUGGUCAAUCUGAUUGUUAACGCAAGCCUAGAGAUAUACAGAAACGCUAUGGAGAACUUGAGGCCGACUCCAUCAAAGAGUCACUACGUGUUUAAUUUGAGAGAUUUUUCGAGAUUGAUCCUGGGAGUAGCGAUGCUCAGGAGAGAGUCGGUGACAGAAGAAAUUGGAAAGAAAAUAUACCCAAGAAUAUGGGUACAUGAAGUUCUAAGGAUAUUCUAUGACAGAUUGAUCGAAGAAGCAGAUAAAGAUUGGCUUUUCAACCGAAUAAAGAUUAUUUUAAAAGAUUUCUUCAGGGAUUCAUUCGAAAGCGUGUUCGAUAAUUUACCGAGAAGUUCAAAUAAUGAAUUAACACAAGACUCCCUGAAAGGUUUAAUGUUCGGCACGUAUUUCGAUCAAGAUUCAGCUGAAGAAGAAAGGAAAUAUGAACAAGCGUCGAACAUUCAAGCUUUCGCAGACAUGGCUCAAAACUUCUUAGACGAUUACAAUUCUUCCCACAAGAAUAAAAUGGACGUUGUACUAUUUGACUACGCCUUAGAACACCUUUCCAAAAUUUGCAGAAUAUUAACCAUGGCCAGCGGUAGCGGACUUUUAGUGGGCAUAAGUGGAUCUGGAAGGCAAUCACUAACAAGGUUAGCCAGUGAAAUUUUCCAAGUCAAGUUGUUCCAACCAGAAAUCACCAAAAACUACAGUUUGAAUGAAUGGCGCGAUGACAUUAAGAAAGUUCUGAAAGAAUCCGGAGGUGCUGGUAGAAACUGCGUCUUCCUCGUUUCAGAAGAACAGAUCAAGGAAGAAGUUUUUCUACAAGAUGUCGAUUGUCUUUUGAACUCUGGUGAAGUGCCAAAUAUAUAUCAGAUAGAUGAAAAGCAGGAAAUUUUAGACAUGGUGAGGUUAGCAGCUCAAGGUGGGAAUAGGAAUCUUGACAUAAGUGCGCUUACCAUAUUCUUCUUCUUCACGAGACGUUGCAGAGAGAAACUUCAUAUACUGCUAUGUUUCAGUCCAGUUGGCACUACAUUCAGAAACCGCCUAAGGCUGUUUCCCUCCUUGAUAAAUUGCUGUACAAUCGAUUGGUUCGAAUCAUGGCCUGAAACUGCUUUGCAGGAGGUGGCGCGAACUUGGAUGGGAGACGUUAACUUGACAGAAGAGGUUAAAAACUACUGCGUUGUGGCAUGUCAAUAUUUUCACGUUGAAGCAAGUAAAACUUCUGCCGAAUUCUAUCAGAAUUUUGGACGUAAGACGUACAUUACUUCAGCUUCUUAUUUGGAAUUGAUUAAAUCAUUUACUAUUUUAACGAAUACGAAACAGCAAGAACUACUGAAAGCGAGGAACAGAUAUCUUGGAGGGUUGGAAAAAUUGAAACAUGCUGCUGCUUCAAUAUCCGUAAUGCAAGUUCAGUUGGCAGAUCUUCAGCCUCAGUUACAAGUGAUGAGUGUGAAGGCAACCGAAAUGAGAACACAGAUAGAAGCCGAAACAGUUUCUGUAGAAAAAGUAACGGCAUUAGUGAAAGAGGAUGAAAAAGUAGCUAACAAACAAGCAGCUGCCGCGCAAGUUCUGAAGAAGGAAUGCGAGGCAGAGUUAGCAGAGGCAAUUCCAAUCCUUAAUGAAGCUUUGGCUGCUCUAGAUACCUUAAAACCUGCGGAUAUAACCUUAGUAAAAUCUAUGAAAAAUCCCCCAGGAGCGGUCAAGUUAGUCUUAGCGGCUGUUUGUAUUAUAAAAGAUAUAAAACCUGAUAGAGUUCCAGAGCCUGGAACAGGAAGAAUGGUGUUAGAUUUCUGGGGACCAAGCAAAAAAAUGCUUGGCGACAUGAACUUCUUACAGGCUUUGAAAGAUUUCGACAAGGAUAAUAUUAAACCAGAAAUCAUAGCGCGAAUCCGAAAAGAAUUUAUUCCUAACAAGGACUUCAAACCAGAAAUUGUAGCUAAAGCUUCGAGUGCAGCUGAAGGAUUAUGCAAGUGGAUAAUAGCAAUGGAUAAAUACGAUAAGGUUUGGAAAAUUGUGGCCCCCAAAAAGGCUAAAUUAGAUGCAGCAGAAAGGGAAUUUGCACAAACUAUGGAAAUUUUAACAGCAAAGAAAAAUGAAGUAGCUAGAUUAGAAGCUGCAUUAGCCGUUUUAAAUGAGCAGCUAGACGUUGCAAUAAAAAAACAAACAGAUCUACAAGAUAAUGUUGAUCUGUGCAACGCUAAACUUUUCCGCGCUCAAAAACUAAUUGGUGGCCUCGGAGGUGAAAGAACACGAUGGACAGAUGCUGCAAAUAGUCUACUUUCAAAAUUUGAAGGUUUAGCGGGAGAUAUUUUGAUAUCAGUGGGAAUUAUAUCUUAUCUAUCUGCCUUUAAUGCCCAAUAUAGGCAGCAAAUGAUAGCUAAAUGGCAUAAAUACGUUAGGGAUUUAAAAAUUCCAUGCUGUGAAGAAUUUGAUUUCAUAUCGAUUCUAGGAGUGGAUGUUCUUAUUCAAAACUGGUAUAUUUAUGGGUUACCAAGAGACACAUUCUCAACAGAAAAUGGGAUCAUAAUGGCCAAUUCACGAAGAUGGUCUCUAUUUAUAGAUCCACAAAAUCAAGCGAGUACUUGGAUAAAAAAAAUGGAAAAGAAAAAUGAUCUUAUUGUAGUCAAGUUUUCCUACCCAGACUACAUGAAACGUAUCGAGAUCUGCAUCCAAGCUGGUACGCCUGUUCUCAUUGACGGCAUCGAAGAAAUCUUGGAAGCUCCUCUGGAUCCUAUAUUGUACAAAAAAGUCUUCAAGCAAGCAGGAAUGAAUGUCAUAAGUUUAGGUGAAAAUGUUAUUGAGUACAACAAGAAUUUUAAAAUGUACAUGUGUUCUAAAUUUAGAAAUCCACAUUAUCUUCCAGAAAUUUUCAAUAAAGUAACUAUAGUCAAUUUUGCCCUAACUUUGGAUGGACUUCAAGACCAACUAUUAGGAAUUGUUGUAGCUGUAGAAAAUCCAGAUUUGCAACAACUCAAAGAAGAGCUCAUUGUGCAAAAAGCUGAAAACAAGGCGGCCCUAUUAAGGGUAGAAGAGAAUAUUUUAAGGACUUUAGCUGAAUCGAAGGGUGAUAUCUUGGAAGACGAGAAGGCCAUCAAAGUAUUAGACGAAUCACGUGUACUAUCUAUCGAGAUUACUGAAAAACAAGAAAAAUCUUUUGAAAUUGAGAAAUCAAUAGAAGAAUCCAGGGUCAAAUAUACAGGAGUGGCUCAGCACUCAUCAGUAUUGUAUUACUGUAUUUCUGAUCUUGCCAAUGUCGAUCCAAUGUACCAAUAUUCUCUAGAAUGGUUUAUAAAUCUUUACAUAGGUUCAAUUCAAAAAGCAGAGAAAUUCAGACUCAUCGAGAAACGAUGCCAAAGUUUAAUCAAUGGCUUCACUUUCGAUCUAUAUUCAAACAUAACAAGAUCCCUAUUCGAAAAAGAUAAACUUCUCUUUUCAUUCCUUCUUUGUGCUAAAAUACAAAUAUUUCAAAAAAAACUACAGGAAAGUGACUUGGUAUUUAUGUUAACUGGAGGUGUAAGCGUUGAAAAUACACUCCAGAAUCCUACAGAAUGGUUGCCUCAGAAGUCUUGGGACGAACUUUGCAGAGCGGCAGAAAUAAAAGCUUUUCAUGGAUUAGUAGAACAUUUCACAAGUAAUCACCGAAAAUGGAAAGAAAUAUAUGAUCACAUGGAACCUCACACUGUAGAUCUUCCUGCACCUUGGAAUGAGAGUUUAAACAAUUUUAUGAAAUUGAUAGUUAUUCGUCUUUUUCGGCCAGAUAAAAUCCUCAUAGCAAUAGCACAAUACAUUAAGAACGAAAUGGGUGAAAAAUUUAUUAUGCCACCGCAGUUCAAUAUAGCAUUGUCUUUUACUGAAUCCUACAGUUUGAGCCCUCUUAUAUUUGUACUUUCACCUGGGACUGAUCCUAUGGCAGCUCUAGUUAAGUUUGCCGAAGAUCGAAAAUUUACAGAAAGAUUUCAAUCCAUUUCAUUGGGCCAAGGUCAAGGCCCCAGAGCAGCAGCUCUGAUUGAAGCAGCACAGGGAGAAGGCUGUUGGGUGUGUCUACAAAAUUGCCAUCUCGCAACAUCCUGGAUGCCGACACUAGAAAAAAUCUUCGAAGAUAUUGAUUAUAGUAAUACCCACGAAUUCUUCAGACUUUGGCUGACAAGUUACCCAUCGGAUAAAUUUCCUGUAACCCUUCUACAAAAAGGGGUGAAAAUGACUAAUGAACCUCCUACUGGUCUUCAACAGAAUUUAUUGAAGUCUUAUACAAGUGAUCCGGUUAAAAAUCCGGAAUUUUUUGAAGGAUGUCCAGGGAAAGAAACCAUGUUUACUAGAUUACUAUAUGGAGUUGCCUUUUUUCAUGCUGUAAUACAAGAAAGACGUACUUUUGGUCCAUUAGGAUGGAAUAUUCCUUAUGGUUUCAAUGACUCAGAUUUCGAUAUAUCAGUUCAACAGGUUCGGAUGUUCAUAAAUGAAAGUGAAAAUCCAUAUGAAGCUCUAUCUUAUCUAAUAGGUGAAUGCAAUUAUGGAGGACGAGUAACAGAUGAUUGGGACAGAAGACUCAUAGUAACAAUACUGGAAGAUUUUCUCAGUCCGGAGGUAGCUCAUAAUUCAGCUUAUCGUUUUGUCAACAUUCCAGUAUCAUAUUAUGGAUUACCUAAAGAAAAUGGUUAUGAUGACUAUGUGAAUCAUAUAAAUGCAAUGCCACAAGUACAUCCUCCUGAAGCCUUUGGUCUUCAUACAAAUGCAGGAAUAACAAAGGAUCUUCAAAAUUCUAACAUGCUGCUCAAUUCAGUUCUGAAGGCAUAUGGAGAGAGCAGUACAGGUGGAGGGGAGGAUGUAGACAAAUAUUUAAUGCUCCUAACAGGCGAUGUUCUAGCAAAACUCCCAAAAAUCUUUGACAUUGAGACAGCAAAAAUGACUUAUCCAGUAGUUUACAAUGAAUCGAUGAACACAGUUCUUGUGCAAGAAAUGGAAAGAUUCAACAAAUUACUCUCAGUUAUAAGAGCAUCAUUAAUUAAUUUACAAAAGGCCAUAAAGGGACUUGUCGCCAUGUCUCCUGCUGUAGAAGCUUUCUCAACAUCAUUGAUGCUCAGCAGAGUGCCCUCUAAUUGGAUGGGAGUAUCAUAUCCAAGUCUGAAAAACUUACCAGAUUAUAUUGCGGACUUUUUGAGAAGAAUUGAUUUUCUCCAGAAAUGGUUUGAUGAUGGAAAACCAAAAUCUUAUUGGGUCUCAGGAUUUUUCUUUACUCAAGCAUUUUUGACGGGAGUUAAGCAAAACUAUGCAAGAAAAUACACAAUUCCAAUCGAUAAACUGACAUAUGACUUUGAAGUACUGAAAGAUGAAAAUUUUGUGAGUGCUCCAGCUGAUGGAGCUUACAUUUAUGGUCUUUUCACUGAUGGUGCAAGAUGGAAUAGAAAUCUACGUGCACUUGAUGAACUGCAGCCGAAAAUUCUGAAUGAAGUAAUGCCUACUAUAUGGGUUAAACCCGUCAAAUUCGAUGAUUUGAAACCCAAAGGUCGGUACACAUGUCCUGUUUAUAAAACAUCUUCAAGAAGGGGUACGUUAUCCACAACUGGUCAUUCAACAAACUAUGUGCUUCCAAUUCUAGUAGAAACAAAACAAAGUACUGCUCAUUGGAUUAAGAGAAGUGUAGCAUUAUUGUGCCAGUCAGAUUGAAAAUUUCCAAAUGAAAUUAUUUUGAAAGAAAGAAGCCUGAAUCAAAAAGCAAUUAUUAGGUACAAAACCAUAUUAUUUUAAUGUAUAUUGUACUGAAUAUUUUUAUUAAAUUUAUUUCAAUUA